UUUACGUGGUUACAGAGUUACACCGAUAACAGCUGAGGAACUUUUAUCAUCGGAGUCACAGGAAAAGAUUGACAAACUGACCAAAGCACAACUGCAAAUUGUCAUACUGUGCCCAAAUCUGGAUACCAAGUUGUCAGACUUAAAGCGGGAAUUGAACACUGAAAAUUUAUUCAAAGUAGAAAAAGUACUGGUAAUGUUGCUUGGGGUGGAAAAAACUAACGUUAUAUCGAAUAACUGUGAAGACUACCCUACAAUCGAUCAAUGGCAGAUGAUGUCGGUGCGUGAAAAGGACACUUCGUUCGUUGACACGUUCCUAACAGCAGCAGUCGGUAUUCUAAGAACUAAGGACUGUAAAGACACGGCAGCGGAUAGAACUAGCUUCUCUAUUGUCCCGAAGAAAGUCAAAAUUGGCCAAAGCCGCGUCAUAGCGUUACUCAACGAUCCUAUAAGGGAGGAAGAUAGUAUAAAAAUAAUGGUGGACAAAAAAGGAGAAGUUAUAAACAUACCAACGUUUAAGAAGAGAAAUCCAUACACGCUGCAGUUUGAUAUACCAGAGUCGUGUCUGGAGGUGUCGAUGUUGGUGUGGGUGCGUGUAAGCAAGAACGGUCAGUCGCUGGGGCGGCGGCAGAUCAAGUGCGAGAGCCGCUUGCGCGAACUUGACCAGCUACUGCGCGCAUCUGACCACCCGCUGGAGUUCAUGUGCCAGACACUUGGAUUCAAAACGACGAACAAAGAGCAACUGGAUAGCUGGAUGCUAAGCGCCUUCCAGAAAAACAUACCGCCGCAUUUCAAUUUGCUUUCAUCCACCGAGCAAUUUAACCCUAAAGCUGAUGUUUGUAGUAACGAGGAGUACCCGACACUGCUGCACUGGGCGGCGCGGUUCGGUCUGGAGCGCGUGUGCUGGCAGCUACUGGAAAUAAUUCAUUUUCCGGUUAUCCCAACUUUAUCGCAAAAAAUCAACGAAUUCUCAAACAUGUACUACUAUUUGAAAAAUAUGUCCGAUAAUGACAAAGAGGAUGGGCAAGAAGAUGAAAAACAAGAAGAAUUAAGAAUUGUAGAGAAUUGUGAUACAGUCGACUCUCCACGCCACGAGGAAACUAAGGCCUUGGAAGAACAAUCAUCAGAUCCUUUCAGUGAAGCUUGCACUCAAAACUUAGAAGAGAACGAAGUGAAACCAGGGACGUCAGAAGAAACUGGAAAAAAGCACAGGCCAAAUUUAAAACUACCAAAUGUAAAAGAACAAUUUUACCAAAACGACUUUGUUCCACACGACGACACAGCGGGAAGGAUUCAGCAAGCCAUCGAACACGAUUACUUAGUGCAACCAUCAAAUAUAAAAGUGGAGGACAGUCCUAAAUUCCGACCAAAUAAUUUGUACGCGAAUAGUUCCCGCUUAUUGCCUCAGCAAUCAGAAAUAUUCUUGUACUCACCCACCGAAGAAAGUAAUAAAACUUUCAACAUCGAAACCCCAACGAGUGAUAUUAGCCAAAUCAACCUAAAUACCAAAGAUGUACGUAACAGCGGCAGCAUGAAGUCUAGCAAGGAAUGCUGCCCUUUAACAGGACAAGAGGAGUUAGCAGAAAUUAUUAACGACUUCAAAAAUAACGUUUUUACCAUAUCGGAAGUGGAGAAACUUGUAAUGGAAUGGAGAAAUAGAAACGAAACUCAACAGUCGCUUAAAGAGAAACAAGAGCAAUUAAAUAAAAUGCGUGAAGAGUAUGACAAAAUUCAACAAAAGAUAAAAGAAAAAUUAAAAAGGCCAACACCAUUCGACCGAGUAAAGAAAAUGUUUUCGAAGAGCAAAAAUAAAAAUCAUGACAGCAAUACGGGCACAAUCGAGAAAAGGAACGGAAGCACGAGGCCUAACAGUAGCUUAAGCGACAGUUCAUCAUCGUCAGGUCGUCUCAGCACAGUGAGCGGUGGCAGUGCUGCAGACACCACCAGUGUGCAGUCCGAGCACGACGCACACGCCAGGUCUAUUAUAUCCUCGAGUACGAGCACACUGACGAUGCACACAGCGUGCGAUGACAGCCGGCUGGACGACUACCUAAUCCCGCCGCCUCCGCGUCCGCUCAACGGCGCGCCGCAGUUCACCACCUUUGGACAUCCCAAACAUGACAACAGGGGUCAACACAUGGCUACGAUAGUAGAACGCGAGACAUCUGCUUCACGUGAAAGACUAGACGAGAGUGAGUCGGGCGGCACGCACCUGCGGCUAAAGUUCCGCGCACGCGACGAACGCGACCCUGCGCAUAUGUACAUGAACAUAUCAGCCACGCACACAUAGACACACGCACUCUGCGUUAUGUUGACCCUUACAUUCUCUUUGAAAUAACAGAGACAUAUGUCAAUCGGUCCAAUAGGAUUUUUAUCCAUUGACUCGAUUAGCCCAAUGAAAACAUCCAUUAGAGCGUGCGCACGCCUUUGAUUAAACUUUCGCUCAACUGUUUAGUCGCGCUUUGUUUCCUAUGAGCUUAUAAGG